GUCGCUAGAAUAAAAUUGUAAUGUAAAAAAAAAAAAUGUAAUGUCGUUAACAGAACCCUGCUGUCUAGAGCUGAUUGAACUAGCGACAGCAAUCAAAGUGUGACUCGCGGAUAUGUGAAACUGCUUUCAAAAUUUGAUUAUUUUGUUGACCUUUGACUUUUAUGGCGGGGUUAGGGAAAUGUUCCUUAUUGUCGCUUUUUCACUCAUCUCAGUCGUGCUGUUUCUUUGAUGAGGUGGAAUUAUCUUACUGAGUGGAUCAAAACGGCUGCAUUUUUCAAACUGAUUCAAUCUUCCUGGCUUUCUCCAAAUCAUGCCGUACUAUCAAGUGUGGGAAGAAUUUGCCAGGGCUGCCGAAAAACUAUAUCUCACUGAACCGAUGAAGGUAAGGGUGGUUCUGAAGUACAGGCACUGUGAUGGAAACCUCUGCAUAAAAGUCACAGAUGACUCUGUGUGUUUGCAGUACAAAACCGAUCAAGCGCAAGAUGUGAAGAAGAUUGAGAAGCUACACGGAAAGUUGAUGAGAUUAAUGGUCUCUAAAGAGUCUCACAGUGGUGCAAUGGAGACAGAUUGAUACUAUGGCCUUUUCUUUCUUUGAUCUGUGAUAAUGGUGUCUGCAUAGAUUCACAUGGGUUUGUGUCCUUUGAAUUGAAGAGCCCGGUGAAGUAAAAACAAUGACUUUGUAUUGUGCCGAUGGAGACAAUUCUGACAUUUGACAUAAGUAUAUUCACAGUUGAAGCUGUACAUGGUUAAAUUUACUUUUCACUUAACACUUUAUUUGUGCUUUAUUUGUGUAAGCAUCUGCUAUCCAAGGCAAGCAGAUGAAGCACAGUCCAGCAAGUGAGGUGAAGAGCAGGUGUGCCUGUUCAAUCUCCAGUCACCAAAUAAAGUUAGGUCUGUAAGCCUUGUGUUCCCUUAUUGCUGAGCAGAUAAGCAGUCCCUCCAGGAUUUCGCGGGUCUUAUUUGAGAUUGUUGCGGCCUAAAGUGCCUGAUUUCGUGACCACAUUUCCAACAAAUUGUGACAGAAGUUGCAGCGUUUGUUGCAAAGAAAUUGCAGGAGGAAGUGAAAAUUGCAAGAAUAGUUGUGAUUUUUUUUAUUUUUUAUUAUUAUUUAUUUAUUUAUUGAAAAUUGAGGAGAAACUAAGGGUAGUAAGACAAAAAUCACACUCAUCAUCAUGAUAUUGUUACUAAAAAUAAUAAGAAAAGUAAACGAUUACAGAAAAUCAAGUUAUUUUAUUUGUAACUAAAUUAAGAAAUGCUUUGGCUGGGGUAAUUCACAAAGCAGUUUAACCUUUUGUAGAACUGUCCAAAAAAGACCCCCUGAAAGAUGGCAUCAUGUCAUAUGUUUCAAUAUAUUCAUAUACUUUGGAACUCGUAUUAAGUUCAUAUAUGGUUAAAGUUGUCAAGAAACUGAUGGUUAAAAUUCUAAAGAAACUUGAGGUUACUUAAAGUGUGAGCAACCCACACGUUACUCAUCUUGCACUGGAUAAUUUUCCUGAAUGUCAAUAUUCUGAUCACAACUGUGGGAAAAUUUCUAAGUCAGCACCAGUCAGAGGCUACAUUCAUUGUUUUGCAUUUUUAUGAUGUCAUAAAGUAUUUUGAUACAAAAUACGAAGCCAAAUACAAAUUCAGUUAUUAAGGUUUUUCAUGUGACGGAUUAGGUAUAUAACGCUUUGUUUACUGCCACCUGGUAGACAAGGGAUGCGUUGAACUUAUUGAACAUCAUUGUCUGCAGUUGCCUCUCGGUAGGCUACAUCUCUGUAUUUCAUCAAUGUCAACAUGUCAGGCAUCAAUAAAGGAUGAUGAAACGUUA